UUCAACUCAUUUUAAUUGAAAAAGAAGAUGAGGACUCCUUCUCUUCUUGGUUGGUUCUUGAUCAUCUCUUUAUUGUUACUCUCUCAAUCUCUCAUUAUUUCAUGCGAUACUUAUGGAAGCAAGAUCGUUCCUUUGGGUCGGAAACUAGUUGAACAUGGAGAGAACGCGGAUGAGUCUCACGGUCAACACCAUGAUCACCUUCGAGUUUUUGUGAGGAAAAGCAAAAGCAAGAAGAAGAAGAAGGACAAAUCAGCAGCCACUCGAACUCUUCUCUCUAACCCAUUUACCUAUGUAUCUACUGUUGUAACUUCCUUUGUUUUAGUGCUCGCCGCAUUCUAAUCAAUUUCACCAAGAUAAUAAGCUUGCGACUUGUUUUUUUUUUUUUUUAACGUCCAAUGGCUUGAGUUUGCGUGUUUGUUUGACUUUGUGUUUGCGAAUGAGUUUUUGUAUUCUUUUCCGGCAAAGAUUGAGUUUGUAACU